ACGUAUUAACCACGUCAAAGGUUGCUGUAGUUCAAUUACCGGAGGUGACCAUGAUGUGGAUCAAAGAGGCUGAUAGUCAUCACUCAGCAGGCCGGCCUCUCGACAUCAAUCCUCGCCUAUUUCAUCUCCGCCCCCCGCCAGUAGCAUCAAGCUACAUCCCGAAGCCCGGAUGCACCGCCAUGCCGACUGUACUGCCACCGAGAUAAUUUAUUCACCUACCUGCCCGACUCUAUCAAGAGUUAACCGAUUACAUCGAUAGAAGAGAGUGUGUGGACUGGAGCCCAUAUCUAGGGCAAACUAUCUCAGCACACCCCCUUGUUUAUUGUCCAAUAAUAAUUAUUAUCAUCACUAUUAGCCGUGUUAGCAUCGAUGUGGUUCCACUUGUAUGCUAGUUAGCUGUUAGCUAACGUUAGCUCACCCAGUGACAGUCCGGCCGGAGGCGGGGAGAACUGCGAGGUUCAGGAUAGUUUCCAUGUCUGCAUCAGCUCUGCAAAUCCACAGCAAUGUCUGUUGACGAAGACACUGUAAAAACUGGUAGCCCAGAGGUUACUACAGCUUCAUCCCUGCAGCUGUCAGAAUGUUCUGGAAGUUGCACUGGUGUUUCAGUUCUAGUGGAAGGUGCCACGGUGGCCACCCCGGACUUGGCUGCUGCUUGUCCUGUUCCUGGCACUGCUGUCUCACCAAAACACUCCAGCACUGUUGACGCUCUUAACCACUCAAACAGCGCCGGAUUGAGACCCAAAGGGAAUGAGCCCGGCAUCAAUCGUAGGAACAGCUUCCAUCAUGUCAAACAGCAUCAGCAAAUGAGAGUGGCUAAGCGUCGCAACACAUCCAACUUUAACUUUAAGCAUCCGACCUCUGGCAAGAGGAGACGACGGGCUAACUCGGAAAGUGACUCUGUCCUGCCCACUAACUUCCUUUUAGGUGGGAACAUAUUUGACCCACUCAAUCUCAACAGCCUACAGGAUGAGGAGGUGAACAGGGCGCUGAACGCAGAGACUCCAAAAUCGUCCCCACUGCCCUUAAAGAGUAGGGACCCCGUGGAGAUCCUCAUCCCCAGGGACAUCACAGAUCCUCUGAAUCUGAACAGCAGCAUAUCAGAUAGCAGCUUUUUAGUGUCCCCCUUAAAGAGCGGCGGAAGGAGGAGGCAUCGCAAUAGACAUCAUGGAGGUAGCAUUUCAGCCACACAGCUGAGCUUGUCCGAAUCGGUGAAAAACGAGGUUAAACCUGGAGAGUCGGAGUCGUUUUCUGGUGCGAUAACUUCAGCUUCUAAUACGGAAGUCUCUAAAGCAUCAGACAGAGUAUCCUGUGGUGAGGGGGAUUCACAUGAACACUCUGCAGACCACUCGUCCAUUAUCAAGGAUGAGGUGGCAUCCGUGCCUAUUGAGGAUUCCACUUCCUCUGUUUCGGCAGGAGCUAACCAACACACAGGCAGGCGCAAGCGGAGACGCAACUCUGGCAAAAUGGACCCUCCUGUGACUCAGUCUACCCCUGUAGCAAAGUCCACAUUUGGUGAGCAAAAUAAUAAACCUGGGAGACACAAAAACACCUUCCACACACCCAGAAGCGGCUGCAAAUCUGCUCCAGUUAGUCGUCAGCACCAGCAGCGACACAACCAGGCGAGGGACCAACAGAAGAAGUUCCAGUUUGGAAACUACAACAAAUACUACGGCUACCGCAACCCAAGUGCAAGCGAAGACCCGCGUAUUCAUGUCUUCCGCCCAGAGUGGUUUGAGGGUAAACGCGUGCUGGAUUUAGGCUGCAACUCGGGUAAUAUUACGCUCUAUAUCGCCAAAAUGCUGCGGCCUGCCAGCAUAUUGGGCUUGGACAUUGACAGCGGGCUGGUGCACGCAGCCCGCAAGAACAUCAGACAUUUUCUCUCUGAGCUGCAGACCCAAGAGGCCAGGCGGGCCACACAGGACAAGAACGACACAAAGCAGGAGGACAGCAUCGCAAGCGAGAGUGAAAAGAUGAUCACAGAAAGAAAGGAAAAUGGGACUCCACUGACAGAGGCCACAAAUGACUCUUGUGGCCUGGAUCAGGCCAAGAUUCACAGUCAAGACGGCAGAGCAGAGGAAAUGGAGCAGGAAAGUUGUGAUAAAUCUGGGAGUUGCUCUUUCCCUUUGUCGCUGCAGAUCUCCCGGGGACCCAUUGCUGCACCUCCUCUCACUGAAACCUCCACCACACACCCUGGAGAGUUCCCCAGCAAUGUGUCCUUCAUCCAGGCCAAUUACGUGCUGCAGAAUGACAAUCUCCUCGUAACUCAGCGGCCCGAGUACGAUGUCAUCCUGUGUCUUAGUGUCACCAAAUGGGUCCACCUAAACUGGGGGGACACUGGCCUGAAGAGGUUCUUCAAGAGAGUCUACAAACAUCUCCAUCCUGGAGGCAUCUUCAUCCUGGAGCCGCAGCCUUGGCAGUCCUAUGUCAAGAGGAAGAAGCUGACUGAUACCAUUAACAGAAAUUUUCACAGCAUCCGCCUCAAGCCAGAUCAGUUUUCAUCCUAUCUCACCAAUGAAGUGGGCUUCACCAGUUGUGAGUUCCUCGGAAAACCCAAGAGUUCAACAAAAGGUUUUCAGAGGCCAAUAUAUUUGUUUCACAAAUGACGGACCGCUUCUGCCUUGUGAGGAUACUGAGUGUGGGUUACCGCAAAGCCAGCUGUUGGACUUGUGUAUCAGCUGCUCAGACUCUCCACGAGGGACAUUUGAUAAGAAGGAGACCAAAAGCGAGGUUCUUUUCUUUGUUUUUUUUAUUGUUGCGAAGAUGAGACUCCUCAGUGUAUGUCACGAUGACAAAAGAGGCACUCGGCUGAUGAAUUCCUCAGUGUGAUGCAUGGCAGUGUCUUGCAUUUGGACACCUUUUUGGCUAAAUAAUGUUUUACCUGUAUAUUCCUACUGUGCUGUGUGCCACCAGAAAGCCACAUACAUCUGGACUGGGUGCUUGUUGUGCUCAUUACCAUUUCAAAAGCAAGUCUACCCACUUCCAUGAGUUCAGUAUGGCUCAACUUGUGCUAUUGACUCAUUCCGCUGCCGUUAAAGUGAUCACAGUGGCCUGACAAGCACUGAUCUUGUCGUGAUACGCCACUCUUAAAUAGAUGUCAUUGUUCUGUUGCAGUAAAAAAUAGCAUAUAUUUAAGGCUGAUGCGCCCAUUUUAAAACAUGACCGAUUUAAGAUAGGAAAACAGUAAUCCAUUGUGAACAUUACACUUGGCAUCUGACAAAAACAUUCUGAAUUAAUAACGGCUUACAUUUUUCUUUAAUAAAAUCAAGUAUUUACAUAACAGGGCUUCUUCAUGUCACCUUUUACAUUCGAGGAUGCAUCCAGUCAUCUCUUGCGUUCAUUGGGAUGUUUUGAUGCUCCCGUCCUGAUGGUAGGGGGCACAUUUGAGCCAUGGUGACAUGAUGCUGUGGUCAGUUGUUAACAUGCUGGUCAGUGAAGCCAUAGCGCCACCUUUAAUACUUUGUUGUUCCCCUUGUCCCUGUUGAGCUAAUGAAUGUAGAAUUGAAGCAGCAAAGGACCCAUGGCAGGAGUUUCAACAGCAUCUUAAUUGAAAUUGAAACUGAUUAAGUUAAUCAGUUUCAAUUUAUAACAGACACAAAGCUCCAUACCAUGUCUUUUUUAAAAUGUAAACAAACACAUUUGUAUAGUAUUCUGCUAUUGAAGGUGCCGUGAUGUUUUCUGGGACAUGAAUUUAUGCGACAUUUGAGUCCACACCGUUGUCAUUGAUGAUUGUACCUGUACCUGUGUGCAUGAGCACUGCUUACCAUCUUAUUUCACAUCCGUUCACAGGCACAUUUUGGAGGAGACAAUGUGUAUGUUUGUGUUUUAGUUAAGUGAUCGGUGUAUAUAAUUUUGAAAUGUUAUUUUACUCCUGUCAUUGUUGAGUUCUUUACUGCUAAUGUCAUUUUCUAGUUGAUUUGUGUUUGCUUUUGCUGCCAAUUUGUGAGUGAAAGCACUUUUGUUUUUUUGGGUCCCAAACCGGCUCGCUAAUCCAUCUGAUGAAUAUGUAAAUUGAAACUGUGUUUGCUUGGUUUUCCCCCUCAGAAGGCACAUGGAUGAAUUAUUUUGUCAGCAGAUUUUUUUUAUAUAAAACAUUUGCAAGGAGCUUCAUUGUCAAAGUACUCUUGUUCUUGUCUUCAUUUGACAUGCUUUGGAUAUUUUUUAUUCUUCAAAUUCUGAUACAUUUCCAUCAAAUUCUUUAUUGAAUGUCGUGGAAUACUAUGAUAAGGAAAACAAAAUUCAGGUUACAUUUCAAACAGAAUUGGCACCAAAUCACACUUUUCAGCUAGGACAAUCACGCUCUCAGGCUUUUUUGCAGUACUGUCAAUUAUUUUGUUCCGUUCUUCAGGGCACAUAAUGGGUAUAUUUUUGCAUACUCCUACAUGCUGUAAUGUUUUGCCAAUUGCACCUUAACUGUCUCAGCAGUGGUGUCUUGUCACGUCCAGGUAUUCAAACUAAAACGUGUCUUUGCAGCACAUGAAAUAUAUAGCACUGUAUGAAAAUCUACUCUGCAUAAUACUGUAGUCAUAGACUAAUGAAAGGAAUUGGCAUUUCCAAUGAAUGCCGGUGGGAUAUUCUGAACUGUGACCCAUACUUACCUUUGCUAAAAGCUAGAUUUCCCACACGUUUCUGGAGCAUUGUAUGAUUUUUAACAGCACUAUAUUUCAUGUCUUCAUGUUGAAUUUGCACUGAUGACUUGAGGGAAUUAAGUACAUUUCUAGAGGGAAGAUUCGUGUUUUUUUAUAAAUCUUUCCAUGCUUUAUUAUUUUUUGGGAAAAUUGGAAUCAGAUCUCCCUGCCUGUCAGGGAAAUGUUUGAUUCUCAUGCCUCUGCACGACAAUGUAUCCAAAUGUUUCUCUGUGGAAAACAUUUGAAUUCAUUAAAAGUGGUUCCAGA